AUGACCAUUUUGUUGGAAGUUUUGAGUCUGAAAGAGUUCUUGCUUUCUGGAAGGAGAGGCAUCUUCAACUUGGUGAUGAAAUCCAAAGGGCAAGGGUACGUUUGGAAUUUGUUGAAGGCCAAAUUGAAGAUGACAAAAGGCAGGCCCAAUCUGGAUAGGGCGAAGUUGCAGCGCAUGAAGCGUAGACACAAACGACUUCGGAGUGUAGCUGUUCAAAAAUACAAGAACUCAUCUAAUGCAAAGGAGUCAAAGAAGCGUGUGAUGCAAGCUGGAUUCGACUACUUCCGGUCCUAUGCAAAACUCGUCGUACCCGGGUUUGAUUGGUCAUCUAUUACCGUUUCCGACGUUAACAAAUAUACUCAGCAAGGGAAGUGA